UCCAAAAUCUCUUUGGAGUUUGGGGAACCCAUCCCUUUGUAUAAAGGGACUCGGAAGUAACGAUUUCGCGUGUACUUCUAUCCAUAGGAAUAUCUAGGGGAACCAGAACGGGUCUGGUGGAGUGUCACGUGAUCCGGAUGACGUCUCCCUCGUUAGGAAAAGCGGAGGGAGGAGUCUCCAGUGCCCGCUUGCUUACGCGGCGGCGACCGAGCCUGACGCCUCCCUGAGCGAGCUUGGUUUCCAAGGCAACGGAGUCCUUCGAAAGGCUUCCCCCUCGGGUAGUUUGGGUCCAGGGGCCGGAAGUGGAGGGCGCACCACUGAAAUAAAGCCGGCCAGAAGCUGUUCCCGAGACUAGGCAGGGUUCCCCCUUUUCUUUUACCUAGACGUGACUUCCACGGUCCUCUUUGAGCCCGUUUCCCGCCAUGUUGCCCCUGAAAGGACGCUGCGCCAGCAACCUGGUUCUCUGCAAGACCACGGUGAAGAUGGACCCCAAGCCCCCGGACCCUAGUCCCCAGGACCCCCCCAACCCCUCCCUCCUGAAAGCCCUAGAGGCCGUCGUGGCAGCAGGCAGGCGCGGCUUGCUUGGCCCGGACUCCAUCCCCGAAGGCGGCGGCACCAGCAGCAACGGAGCGGCUUCCCAGGCGGCGGCCCUGAGCCCCAUCCCGCUCCUCUCCAGCAGCAGCAGCAGCAGCGACGGCAAGAAAAGGAUAAAGGACCCCGGGGAGAAGCGAGAGGCCGUGAUCACGGUCGUCCAGCCGGCAGAAGGUGGUCGUUGUUGUUAUUAUUUGUACCCCGUCCCUCCAAAAAGAUAUUGGAAGCCUGCAGCCUGCUCCAAAGGAAGUCUGGAUAUUUGGCAAUUCUGUGAUCUUGACAGCAAAGGAAAGAGCCCAAAGUAAUCCGCAUGGAUUGCAGCUGGGCAUCCCGGAUUCAAAGGCGUAUGUGUAUUGGCACGGGAUGCAGGCCAUGAAGUGGGAGCAGCUCUUGCCCGCUCUGCAUGAAACUUACCGACUCCGAUCUCCUCCUUCCGUGAUAAUAAUUCAUCUUGGGGAAGAUGAUCUGUUGCCCGAGGAUAACAUUUCCCUUAUUAUGUCAAUGAAAAAUGACCUGGGCAUUCUUAGAAGAGCAUUCCCAGAUGCUGUUAUAGUUUGGUCUUCACUAUUGCCAACAUCUUCCAAGGAAGAUCAUAAGCCUGAACUUAUGGGAAAAGCUCAGAAACAAGUUAACAUAAAAAUGGUAGCCUAUUGUAAUAUAAACCAUGUGUACUUUAUGUCACAUAACCUGAUUACUUCUGAUAAGGCAGGCUUAUUCUUGCCUGAUGGCAAUGGACUGUCUGAUGCAGGAGCGGAUCGCUUCAUAGCAGAUGUGCAGAGGGUCUUACGGCUCUAUCAUAUUUUGGGAUAGUCGGAAAGGAGAUAUUGAAAAUAUGGACUUACAGUUGUCAAGAAGAAUAGCUCUUCUAUUGCCAAAAUAAGGUUAGAGGUGGGCUUUCUAUUUAAUAGAAAUGCAAAUGUGUAUUUUACGUAUACAGUUGAUACAAACUAAUAGGUGUGGUCCUGUGAACAUUUUCUCUAAUGACGAAUGACAGAAACUGGUCCAUUGUGCUGUUAUAAAGAACUUAAAUGUAUGCUCCGUGUGUGAGUGAAACUUCAUUUUGAUUCCUUGAGGAGGAAUUUGUUAUAUUAGAUGCUGUAAUGACAACAAAUUGGAUUGUCUCUAGGAAAUGACCCAGCAUCUGCUUGCUGCUUAGUUUGUCUCAUAGCCUUUAAAGGAGUAUCAGUUCCAUGGUGUUUAACCAAAGAUUAUCAGGUGUAUUAGCAAGAACAUGCGGAACACUUUUUCAUUUCUUGGCGAUUAUGUGUGAAGGUGUAAGCAAGGAAACAUGUAUGAAAUGCCCAUCUAGAAAUACUGGGUAUCAUCAAAUAUUAUAGCAUCAGGCCCCUAAAUACUGUAUAUUAACAUUUUUGUUGACCCUCUGCUCUCAACAAAUGGCUUAUUACAAAUGGCUAUUAAAGACCAUACAGUAACAGACAUUACUUAGAAGCCAUGUCAUGUAUUUAUAAUAAAGUAGCUUAUUUUAGACUUGUGUAAGAAAAUGUUUCAACUUAGAAGUUUCUGUCAAGUGUUGAAAAUACACUAUAUGUUAGGACCUGAUAAAAGUGUGUGAGAUGAAACAUUUUCUUACUGUUGUACAUUGUUUCUAAAAGUCAAUUUAGAUGGCUUUGAUACAUAUUUCUGCUUCUAUGUGUCAAUGAAGUCUAUAUGUCUUUCUGCAUUAAGCUACUUUAUCACAAACACAUAACAUGUUUUCUAAGAAAUGCCUGUUUCAAUAUUUUUAGAGAAAUUUAUCACUGUUUGACUGCUACUUGAGGACUUUGUGGGUGUUGCUUUAUAUGGGUUUGCAGAAUUGCCUCCUUAAACUCUGCCUUCUGAUUACAGAGUAGACUGUUUGAAGGCUGUAAAUCAUAGGUUUAUGUCACAAACGACCAGCAUUGUCCACAAGAAAUCUUUUGAAACAAUUUCUGACCUUAAACUCUUAACUGUCUUUCUUUACUAUGAUAGUUGUAUUGCUUCAUUGAUAAUUGUAUUGCUGCAGUGCAUAUGCAAUGCAAAAUUAUGCAUUGGCUUUCAUAUCAGUUUUGCUCUUUUUUUCUUAACUUACAGUUUGUAAGUUAGCUUUAGGCUUGUCCAUGUAACUAGUUUAAGGACAUGGAUUAUAUGUUGCAGGUGCUUAAUUUAGGGCUCACUCCCCUCCAAAGACCCCUCUGUCUUUCUGAAUAAUAGAAAGUUUUGAGAAACCUGUCAUUGCAUUAAUAAUUAAUAAAUUAAUUAUCAAUAAUGUAUAA